CCCGCGCGCCCGCAGUAGGGUUUCCUGCCUGCGCUCCGGCGAACAUGGCUCGCGCGGCGCUCCCGCUCCUGCUGCUGUUGCUCACUCUGGUGGGCUUGCACGCGAUCCAACGCGCUCCACGGGUUCAGGUUUACUCACGUCACCCGGCAGAGAAUGGGAAGCCCAACUUUCUAAAUUGUUAUGUAUCGGGGUUUCAUCCUCCUGAGAUUACUGUUGACAUCUUAAAGAAUGGAAAAGCCAUGGAGAAAGUGGAGAGAUCAGAUUUGGCUUUCAGCAAAGAUUGGUCUUUCUACCUCUUGGCCUAUACUGAGUUCACUCCCAGCAACAGUGACCAUUACGCCUGCCGAGUCGAACAUAGCACUCUGACUGAGCCCAAGAUAGUUAACUGGGAUCGAGAUAACUAAGCGGCAUCAUGGAGGUUUGAAAAUACCUUAUUUGGAGCAGCCUAAUCCAAGUUGAUUGCUUGAUUUUUAAUAUUCAUAUGUUAUAUGUGAUGGACACAGUAAGGAAGGCAUAACAAUACAGCAUCUUUAUAAUCUUACUUUGGGCACUGUUUGCAUGUUCCUCAUAAAAAAUUGAAACAAUAAAGUAUCUAUGAGUACUUGA